UCAUGCCCACCUUCCUGAGCCCAAGGCCUGCAGACAACCCGAGGGACUUGGCCCCCAGCCCAGAGAAUGCCCUGGAGCGUUCAAGACACCUGAGAGCUCCACAGCAGGGCAGCAUCCCCAGAGCGCAGCAGGGCGGGAGUUAGGGGGAGCAGUCGGUAGCAGCACCUGCCCCUCGUACGGCCGGAGCGAGAAGUGCCAGCCUCUCUGCACAGAGCAGCAGAGUUCAGCCUGGGCCAGACAUGCUGCGGUGAUGGCUGCCCGGUGCCCUCGUCUCCUGCUCCUCGCCGGCCUGCUGGCCCUGUCAGCCCCAGUUCUCGCCCUGGAAAUACACAACCUGAACAUCUUAAAGGGACCCACCCAUGCAAUCCGGAACAUCCACCCAAAGCACCUGAAGGCAGAUCAGGGGAAAGGGAGCCUCCGGCGCAGCAGAGCCAGUGACAUGCGGGUAGCCCAGGCCUGGCCCAAGGACUGCAGCGAGAUAACCUGGAACAGGGUCAGUGGCGUCUUCGUCAUCCAGCCCACAGGACUCCAUCAAUUCGAGGUCUACUGUGAGCUGAACAGCACCAGCGAGGGCUGGACGGUCCUCCAGCGGAACCGGCACGACACACAGAUCACCUGGGCUGAGUCCUGGAGCACCUACAAGUACGGCUUUGGCAACGUGCACGAUGACUACUGGCUGGGGACGGAGUACAUCUAUCGGAUCACCAAGCAGAAGGUCUACCAGGUCAGGUUUGUCAUCCACGAUUCAUCCGGCACCAUGAAAUACGCAGACUACAACCUCUUUGGUCUGGAAGACGAGUCCAAAGGCUACAGGCUGAGGCUGGGCUCUUACACUGGGACUGCAGGGGAUGCCAUGGCCCCAAACAAUCCUAGCACCGUGCAUGACAACAUGAAGUUCUCCACUAAAGACCUGGAUCAGGACACUUCCAGUGGGAACUGUGUGUCUAGCUAUGAGGGGGGCUGGUGGUACUCGGCUUGUUAUUCCGUUCGACUGAACGUCAAAGGGAGCAUCACUUGGGGUAGUUUCUGUAGUGGGAACUGCCAAGCCUCCGCCAUCCUCAUCAAACCAGCGUCCUACUGUUAGUCACCCCUUCCCCACCCUCCUGUCUGCAGUGAGGCCAACCCCUGCUCCACGAAGGGAGGGAAAAAGGUCAGAGUAUGUCAUGGCCAAACCUCCGGCCCGCUCUCACAGGCCUUGCUGGGGGAAGUAUCAGGAUUACCCAGGAAACGGGGACACUUUCCUUCUCCUCUCCCUCCCUGCAGACUUUCCAAGCUUUUCUCCACUGGGCCUUUCUGCGCUGGGCUGACUCCCGUGCACCAGCGUUCGGCUGGAAUGACUCUUCCGCGUCAUUUUAGCUCGGCGAUGCGAUGAGCAGGCCUAGAGAUCACUGGAAAGGUGAAAUCCCAAGCAUGGCGGGAGCUUCUCAAACACCCUCUGCACGGCCCUGCCUCGGGUCCAGGCUUUGGAAUAAACACACACUUCUAAGCA